CGUCCUUUUGACUCUCUUCAGUCUCUUCUUCUUGUUCUCUGUCUCUCCCUCUCUCUGCUUAAAACUCUAAUGGCGGAACUCAAACCCUAAGAUUAUUCAAGUAAAUAUGGUUCUAACUAUGUAUUAUAGUUUCGUCAUCUUCCAAUCCAUGGAAUUGCAGAAGCUCUUAUACUACCUAACAUUCUUCUUUGUUGUUCUUCCCGCCGGGAAAGUGUCUCCGGCGUCGCUUGACGGAGUUACGAGAGAUGUCCAACUGUUGCUUUCUUUUAAAGGUACGAUUUUGAACCCCGGAGUGUUACAGAACUGGCAACCGAAUCAGAAUCCAUGUUAUUUCACAGGAGUAGCUUGUAAGAACUCGAGAGUUUCGGCUCUGGAUCUGAGUUCUCUCCCUCUGAACUCCGACUUCCGGGGUAUUUCUUCGUUUCUAAUGAGUGUGGAGCGAUUGGAGAGUUUGACGCUGAAGAAUGCGAGUAUUAGCGGUAACCUCACUUCGGCUUCGGCAUCACGGUGUAGUGAACUGUUGAGCGAGCUCGAUCUGUCGGGGAACUCUUUGUCUGGUUCCAUUUCGGAUAUUUCAAGCUUGUCUUCGUGUUCGGGUUUGAAAUCUUUGAAUAUUUCGCACAAUUCCCUCACUUUUUCUGUCGGACCAAGGGAUUCCGGUGGUUUACGGCUCAGUUUUCAGGCUCUGGAUCUCUCCUACAAUAAGCUUUCUGGUCAGAACGUUGUCGCUUGGGUUCUUGCUGGUGGUUGUAAUGAGCUCAAGUACUUCUCUGUGGGGGGAAACAAAAUCUCUGGGAAUAUUCCGGUAUCAAGUUGCCGGAGUCUGGAGUAUCUCGACGUCUCGUCCAACAAUUUCUCAGGGGAAGUUCCGUCUUUUGGCGGCUGUUCUGCGUUGCAGCACCUGGACCUUUCCACGAAUCAAUUUUCCGGCGACAUCGGCGCGCCACUCUUGGGUUGUCAGCAACUCAGAUUUUUGAAUAUUUCCAGUAACCAAUUUUCAGGCAACAUUCCAUCUUUUCCCAGCGGGAGUUUACUCUCUCUGUUGCUCUCCGCCAACAACUUCCAAGGCGAGAUACCUCUGCAUCUCGCUGAUGCAUGCUCAACUCUGAUCGAACUUGAUAUUUCUUCCAAUCACAUGCACGGUACGGUACCUUCUAGUCUGGGUUCCUGCUCUUCUUUGGAAUACUUUAAUCUCUCCAAUAACAACUUCUCUGGUGAAUUCCCUAUUGAAACUCUCAUUCAAAUGACUAGCUUGAAGAAACUUGUUCUGUCUUACAAUAAUUUUGACGGUAGUUUGCCGGAUUCGUUGUCAAUGCUCACACAUUUGGAGUUGUUAGAUCUCAGUUCUAAUAAUAUUUCUGGAUCAAUUCCUCCGGGACUGUGUCAAGACUCCAAAAACAGCUUGCAUGAGCUUUAUCUGCAGAACAAUCUCUUCACGGGUGCCAUUCCGGCCACUCUCAGUAACUGCUCCCACCUGGUUUCGCUUGAUCUCAGCUUCAAUUACCUCACAGGGAGGAUCCCGUCCAGCUUGGGAUCCCUAUCUCAGCUCCGGGAUCUAGUAAUGUGGUUUAAUCAGUUUCAAGGUGAGAUUCCGCAAGAGCUCAUGUACAUCCAGACACUCGAAAAUCUGAUCCUAGACAACAAUGAGUUGACCGGAACUAUUCCUGCUGGUUUGAGCAACUGUACCAAUUUAAACUGGAUCUCAUUGUCGAGCAAUCAGUUGAGUGGCGAAAUUCCAGCAUGGAUUGGUCGGUUGAGUAAUCUAGCAAUCCUGAAGCUUGGAAACAAUUCGUUCUAUGGCAGUAUUCCACCACAGAUUGGAGACUGCCAGAGCCUGAUAUGGUUGGACCUCAAUAGCAAUCACUUGACCGGGACAAUCCCUCCUACCCUUGCAAAACAAUCGGGUAAGAUUGCUGUUGCGUUGAUUGCGGGGAAGAGUUAUGUGUAUCUGAAGAACGAUGGGAGCAGCAACUGCCAUGGAGCUGGAAACCUCCUUGAGUUUGCUGGAAUCAGACAGGAUGAGUUGAACAGAGUUCCUACAAGGCGCCAAUGCAACUUUACUAGAAUCUACAUUGGUAAAACAGCAUACACGUUCAACAACAAUGGCUCCAUGAUUUUUCUUGAUCUGUCAUACAAUAUGUUGGAGGGUAGCAUUCCAAAGGAGCUUGGAAACAUGUUCUAUCUCUCGGUUCUGAAUCUGGGGCACAACAACCUCACUGGUCCCAUCCCUCCUGAAAUGGGAAGCUUGAAGAGUGUCGGGGUUCUUGAUCUCUCUCACAAUAAACUUGAAGGACCAAUCCCUAAUUCCCUAUCUGGUCUUACUCUGCUCUCUGAGAUUGAUCUUUCAAACAACAACCUCUCUGGACUGAUUCCUGAUUCAGGUCAGUUAGGAACUUUUCCAGCUUUCAGAUAUGCGAAUAAUUCGGGUUUGUGUGGUUACCCCCUUCCUGUUGCUUGUGGAGUGGGUCCCAGUGCAUCCAAUCUCCAGCAUCAUAAGUCUAGCCGAAGGCAAACAUCUCUGGCUGAAAGUGUGGCAAUGGGCCUAUUAUUCUCCCUCUUCUGCAUCUUUGGUUUGAUUAUUGUUGCUGUUGAAAGCAGUAAGAGGAGGAAGAAGAAGGACGCGUCCCUGGAUCUCUACAUUGAUAGCCGAUCGCACUCAGGCACUGUAAAUGUUAGCUGGAAGCUCACUGGUGCACGGGAAGCUCUAAGCAUCAAUCUGGCGACGUUUGAGAAGCCUCUUCGGAACCUCACCUUUGCCGAUCUUCUUGAAGCCACCAAUGGUUUCCACAAUGACAGCCUCAUCAGCUCAGGUGGCUUUGGGGAUGUGUACAAAGCUGAGCUGAAGGAUGGAAGUGUUGUAGCCAUCAAGAAACUAAUCCAUGUUAGUGGGCAAGGUGAUCGAGAAUUCACUGCUCCCUCUUAG